UUUUUUUAAAGUGUGAAUUCUCAAAUGAAAGUGUAACGAAGCAGAUAAUAAGAAGAAAAAAGCAGCUCUAAAUCACGCAGAUCCAGAAAUCAAAGAAGAAACAACCAGGAAGCUGAAAAUUAAAAUUUAUGAAUCAACUAACACGCUGGGCGUGGGUGGGUUAACGUGAGUGAGAACCCCACCAGGAAGGGGAGUGAAUAAAUAAAAUCAAUCUUCUCGUGGGGAAGAAGCAAGUGGAACGAGAGCAGUGAUAAUAAUGGCGUGUUUCGCGAAAUUUUUCUCCCGAAAGCACGGUUCAUUUAACCUGCCCGACGCCACCGGUGGAAAUGACGGCAUUGUGCCCGUCCGAAUAAGCACCACCGUAUACGAUCGCGAGUUCAACCCGGUACGCUAUGGAUCCCCAGCACCCAACGGAAAACUAUCCCCAAAGGGAACCCGCGAGUCCGGCCUUGGCAGCUUGGACGAGCAGAACACCACCUCCAACGAGUCCUCCUCGACGUAUGAAUCCAGCUCAACGAAGCCAACCCCCGCGCCUCAACCUCAGUUCACCCGUAAAGUGGCACCCACGGUCAAGAGCAGCCCUCCCCCCAAGGACCGGAUAAGUGCCAGCUCGGCGGAAUACGUAAACGUCAACCAGGAACUGCUAAAGGAGAUUCAGCAAACGAAAAUACUCUUGCAGCUGGCGCUGGAGUCCAAGCUGAGGAGUGAGCCCAACAACGACGACAAGGUCCAGCUGGUCAAGCUGAGGCAGGAGAUCAAAGAACUCCAAAACAGGAUCAGCCAGACGGAGGUCAUUCGGGCGAUCCAGGAACCGAUCGUGCAACGACAGAAGGUCCAGCAGACCAGUUCGAAUCUCGUCCCGCAGCCAAAGUCCGUCCACCAGCGAAAGAAGGCCCCACUGAAGCCCCUGCAGUCGGAGACUUCGGACGAUUACGACACGAUAACGCUGUCCAGGCUGGUGGAGGAGUCCGUCCCAGAAGUCUUCACAUCAGAGGAGGACGAGCCGGAUCCACCGAAGCUGCCUCCACCUCGGAUCAGCGUAAGCAGGCUUAACAACAGUGAUGACCACGGUGAUGACGAUACCUCGCAGGACGAGGAACCCACACCACCCAAGUUACCCCCACCCCGGACACCACCCGAGAUCAACGGCAUGAUCAGCCGAGCGGAGCACAUCCAAGUGAGCCAUGAAACAAUAAAGACGAUCCCAGAACCCACCGUUCCACCGCCAAGUCGCGAUCCUCCACCGACCCCAAUCGAGGAACCCUAUCCCAGCAAGUUCCCCCAACAGCGAGAAUCCCAAGACUCGAACCCACCACCCAAGAUCGAAGAACUCAACAACAGCCGGUCGGGAAUCCUAAAAAAAGCUCGCAAAGAGGGCGUCGUGUCGGACAAGCCCGAGCCGAAAACAUCCCGCGAGAUCGUGAUCCCAAGCCAUCCAAAAACUCGUGACGCCGAACUACUCAUCAAGAAGGCGAUCACGGUGAACGAGUUCCUGAACAACCUCAUGGACGAGGAACGGCUCAAAGCCGUUACGGACGCGAUGAGUCCGAUGGUGUUCCCACCCAACAGCUACAUCAUCAAGGAGGGCGACAUCGGGGCGCACUUUUUCGUGUCCGCCGAGGGGACGUACGAGGUGGUGGUCGAGAACAAGGUCAUCAAGUCCUUUGGCCGCGGCGUGGUCUUUGGCGAGCUGGCCAUCCUGUACAAGGCGAAACGGUUCGCGUCGAUUCGGGUGACCACCGAAGCGAAGGUGUGGAUGCUGGAGCGCAAGAUCUUCCAGAAGAUCAUGAUGAAGAGCGGGAGGAAGGAGCGCGAGGAAAACGUCAAGUUCCUGAGUACGGUGUCGAUUCUGAGGGAUCUCCAGAUCGAGAAGCUGCACAAGAUCUCCGACUUGCUGAAGCGGGAAUUCUACGCGACCGGAUCGACGAUCAUUCAGCAGGGAGAUCCGGGCGAUAAGUUCUACAUUAUCCGCGGGGGUAGUGUGAACGUGAUCAAGACGGAUCGCAGUGGGACGGAUAAGCUGGUGGGGACGCUGCAGAGGGGGGCGUACUUUGGGGAGCAGGCGCUGCUGCACGAGGAUCGCCGGUUGGCGAGCAUCGUGGCAAAUCCACCCGGGACGGAAUGCUUGACGCUGAAUCGAAUCGCCUUCAACGAGUUCCUCGGUGGCCUGGAGCAGCUCCGUGAGAUAGUCCUGUCGGACGAUAUUCCACGAACGUCCAGCAGUCGGAAAACUGUCUCCGCAGAGUACGACCACAUCCAGCUGCACGACCUCACCUACAUCGGCACGCUCGGCAUCGGUGGGUUUGGCCGCGUCGAGCUGGUCCAGUGCCAGGACCGGAAAACGUUCGCCCUCAAAUACCUCAAGAAGAUUGAGAUGGUUCGACAGCAGCAGCAGGAGCACGCCUACAGCGAGAAGGACAUCAUGCUGAGCUGUAACAGCCCGUUUAUCGUGAGGUGAGUCCUGU